AUGGGGGUGAGACGUCUUCGGCAGCAGGAGCAACUCCGGAACCGCCAGCAACCUAUACACUUUGACUUUGCCAUCAAUGGGCCUCUCAUCCCAAGCCCCGCCAUGUUAUGGCGUUGGGGCAACGCAUCGAAUCCAAAUAGUCUCGAUGACCCUAAUUCUGUUGUCGCUAAAUCGGCCCUUCGGGUCAUUCGAGACUAUCUUAGGGCUAUUCCUGCCUCACAUGACCCAGCCAUUGUCUUCGCCUCGGUUGGACCGAGUGUAGUUGGAGCCUAUAUUGGCUUGAUUGGCCAGGGCCUCUCAGGCCCCAAAGUUGCUGCCAGCGUCCUUCUUGAUUCUCUCACGCGACACAUCCUGAGGCAAGGUCUUCCCGACCUCGCGGUUCGUCAACGCUGUGGCCCGGGGGUUCCAUCCGGCCAGGUCUUAGGUGUCGCCACCAGCAUCGACAUCACGCGAGUCUAA